AUGCGUGCAUUUUUCUCGUCAUCAUCAACGACACUACCAACACCGCGUAGCAGUAAUAGGAGUAAGCGUAGGCGUCGCACGUUUAGUGACGAUCGAAGUUGUUUCCUGAACCGUCGUUUACGUCGUCGUUCUCUCGUCGUUACGAAUACUAACAAGAGUACGACUACCCAAACGCUUUUACCGUUGCGCACCUUAUCUCCUCCAUCUAUGAAGAACAACAACACCAUUAUGAACGAAGUCUCGUCCGUUUCUGCGGCUGCUUCUCGAACAAAAACAGCGACUACGAGUGCCUCCCCGACGAGGGUACCGAUUUUGAACAAUACUAAUCUACCAAUCGCCUUUGCGAUAAUGUUCGGUUUUGGAACCAUUUCAGCAGUUUUGUACCCAGCGUCCAAAGCGAUGGAAAAAGCGAUGCGAGCGACUGAAAUCGCGAUGAACGAGACGACGAAAUUGAUGGAACGAGACGCUUUGAGAGCGUUCAACGAAGGCGAGCAAGCGUCGUUAGAGUGGCAAGAGCUCGGGAAAGAGUUGAGAGUGCUUUUGAAGAACAUCGAGAGGUGGGGGAAACCGCUCGUGGGUGACGCGAAUAGUUUAGAGUCGUUCGAUUUGAAUUUACUCGGGGAAUCGAUGAAGGAUAGUUUAGCGGAGAUUUUGGAGAAGAGUUUGAUUGGUAUCGGGGGAGGAAAUAUGAAUAACAACAACAGCAAUAAUAGCAACAAUACGCAACUCGGGGGGAUAAACUUGGUGCAACAGUCUAUCGAUGAGAAUUUAUUUAAAUGGCAAGACGCCAUCACGGACGUCAUCGAAGAUUUGACCAAUUUGAGACUCGAAGCGGCGAGUAAAGGACAGACGGCGAACGAGGAAACGUUGAAAAGGGCGCUGAAUCAAGCGAAAGUCGCCUCGGAAUCGUUUUUGAUUAGUAGCGGUAAUAACAGAACGGGCGACGACGAAGAGGAGGAUCCUGCGACGAAUUUGAUUCGAAAAGUAUCGUCCUCGUUCGACGAACAAAACGACGAUUUCGAUAUACGAACGCGAGCCGCGAGCGAAAAGUUGAGAGCGGAAAGCCGAGCAAAACAAGAAUCCAUGGACUCGUUCUGA